ACUGUUUUUGUUUUGAAAUGCCAUCCGGUUUUGUUUGUUUUGUUUCAAUUGUUAAUUUUUGAUGUGCCAGUUGCUGAAAAUUCAUUUGCUUUAUUACGGUAAUAUAUUAUUUGCUUAACUAAGCAUGGAACCGCAGCUUCCACCAUUAAUACUUUGUAUGGAGAACAUGAAUGGAGAAGAAGUAUCGCUUAGUAUUGGACCCAAUGAUGAUUUCCAAACCUUUCUGGAUAAAGCCAAGUCUACUCUAGGUUUCGACGUAGACAUAAACUCGAUUACUGGCGACCAAUCUGUAUCAUUGAAUGAAAAUAUUUAUCAUUACCUUCUUAAUUCAGAACUGAACUAUCAAACCGAUCCACAAUUAGGUACUGAAAAUUUCCAACGUACAUCAGAACAGGGUACACAUAGUCCCGAUGGUUUUGUAUACGUUUUAGACGACGGCACACAAAUACGAGCAUCUCAGAUACAUUUCGAUAAUGAAGAUCCUCCUUUAGAUCUGACAGCUGAACAAAUACCAUUUGUUAAAUACGCCAAUGAUAGUGCCGAUGAAAACGAAAUCGAUGAUCAAAGUAUUGAAAAUACUAAAAAAAUAAACAUCGUUGAAAGUCCCGUUAAACGUUGGGAAAGUAGAAAUUCUAGUCCUAGAUGCAGUUUCGUUAAUAGUUUACCAUUUAAAUUAGUUUGUUCUAAUACAUCCAACUUCGAAGCACAAUUUACUAAAUAUUUAGAAUCAAGUACGACAAAAACAUUCACCACUCUGAACCCGGUUACUAAUAGAAAUAAAUCCCCAAAAAGUCUGAUAAGGGAUAAUUACAAAAAUUACGAUGAAAAUUAUCAAGCUCAGAGUAAAGAUGAUUUCGCAAGUUAUACACGAGAAGAAAUACUCAAUAUGUUUAAAGACUCGCCCGUCGCAUCAUUGCCUUACGAAGAGAAUCAAAAUCACAACGAAAAAAGACGCCAUGUGCGUAAAACGGAUCCAUCUAGACUUCAUAAAAAUUGGAACAACAGACCUUACGUAGACGUUAAACCUGGAGAGAAAGGUAGACAAAACUGUUUCAUUUGCGGUAAAAUAGAUAAUAACGUGGAAAAGUUGUAUUUAUUCGAUAACGAGGACCAAAAACUACACAGAUGUACAUCACCGAGAAAUUAUCCGACUCAACUGAAAAUAAUAUGUGAUCAUUGUUUGGCUGAAAAUUUUAAACCCAGUCGUAUGAAAAGUCCUACACAAUCACUUAGUUCUGACGAAUUCUUGGUCAUUAAAAACAACCAGCAAUUCAUAUUUCAGAAGGUUAUUGAUUUUAAAGUUGCUCCAAUUUCGGAAAACAUUGAUAAAAGGGACCAAAACCUGGAGGAUUUACAGGACAAUGAGAAAGUUGAAUUUGUUAAAGUAGAAAUAGGUUCCGACGGUGAAAUUGUAACGAAAUGUAUUGAUAAUGAUACUAGAUCUUCAGAUGACGUUAUUAUUGUGAAAGACGAGAAGAAAGAGAGUUCCAGUGAUGUUGAAAUUAUAGAAAAUGAACCAGAUAUCGACGAUCAUAUUAUAGAUAAUUUGGAAGAAGCAGAUGACGAUGUUAAAGAGUUUUUAGGGAAAUAUCACUGCGAUGAUGAAUCUGAGAUAAAGGAAUUGAAAUGCAGGUUCUGUGACCGCAUCUUUGAAGAAAUCGAUCAAGUAAUAGAACAUGGUGAAGAACACAAACAUAACUUAGACGAUGGAGAAGUAUUCCCUUGCCCAUUGUGUGAUUACGGUUAUUCUAACUUUAAGUGGUUAAAAGGGCAUCUUAAAGCGGCCCAUGAUAAGACUAAAAUUACAGAAAUAAAAGAUGAAGGUGAUAACGAUGGAGAAAAAGAUGUUAAAACAUCUCCGUCUUCUUCACCAGUCGCUAAAAGAACUAGAAGUGCAAUAAAAAAGGUUGAAACGGAAAGUGAAAAAGCGUCCCCGGAGAAGAUUGAACGCACGAACAAUAUAACUACGAAACUUGAAUCUAACGGAUCGACGUUAACUGUGAAUACGGAGGUGAAGCAGGAAUGUUUGGACAGCAGUGACGAUGAAGCUAUCUGGAUCGUACAGACUGUUGGCCACGAGCCAUCCGAGCAACUGGAGAAUUUGCUGAAGGUAGCCACGGGCGAAGACAGAGAUGAAAAAAAUAGAAAGAAACAUAAAUGUAACAACUGCAGCCAAAUAUUUCCAACUGCGGAAAGCCUAAUUUCCCACAAAUGUCGUCGCCGAGGACGCAAACGAAGAGUCCCUACUAAAGAUGACUCGAUCUUACUGGUACCUUCUGAAGAGGACUUUCUGAGGAGGGCACAAGGAAGACCUAAACAAAAGCAACCAGACGACAACGAUUUGCUGGUUGUUAGACCACGUAAAAGGAAGAACCGCGAGCCGACCUCUGAUCCUCAAAUCGUUACAUGUCACAACUGCAAUGAAUCAUUUACUUCUAAAGUUAGACUCAAGUUUCACAUGCAAUUCCAUGACUCAACCAAUCUUUUGACUCCCGAGGGUCAAUACGCAUGUCCGGAAUGCGAAGGCGCACAUUUCCCUACAGAGAGCGAGCUUUUCGAUCACGUACAUUUCCAGCAUCAUAAGCAAAAGCGUUGGCAAUGUCCAGUAGAAGAUUGCGGCAAGACUUUCUAUCUUAGAGCAACAUUAACAAAGCACAGUCGAACACAUACGGACACGCGACGUUACGUGUGCGUCACGUGCGGGAAACGAUUUCUUGACAAACAGACUCUUGAUGAGCAUGGAGUUACACAUCUUCAGAUAAAGCCGUUCCAGUGCCACAUUUGCUUCAAGCAAUUGACACGUCGUUCUCGUCUGCGGAUGCACCUCCGAGCGCAUGAAGAGGAGCUGGCACCGCGGCUGGUGCUGGUCUGCGCCGCGUGCGGCAGGGCCUUCCGCGACACUGAUGAUGCACAGGACCACGCUAACAAAUCAAAAGAGUGCAUAGAACAAUGUACAACACACAAAACUACACACGGCUUCUACAAGCGUUCCCUCGCUGAUUGCCAGAAAGCAGCAAAAUCUCCAGGUUCCUCUGAAGCUGGGCCUGCCGCUACUGGUAUUUUAGGUUAUGGAGGAUUUCCUGUCGUCAAACAUUUCCUAUGCGAGGUUAAAUCAUUUUACACCGUAAAAUUUAUUGGUUUUUAA